UUUUCAGUGACAGAUUUCCCAGCUCGUUUCCGUUAGACAUUUCCCAUCGUUUGCACACGGAGGAGCACUGAGAUUCGUCUUCUCAAAAUUGAACUCUCAAAGUUGUAGCCACUGUGAACUGCUGCCAUGCGUUUAAUUUUGUUUUUUGCCGUGACCAUGCUGUCUCUGAUUCCGGAGGCAGUGAGCGGAGCCGAGAAGAAAAAGCUGCAGAUUGGCAUCAAAAAGCGAGUGGACAACUGCCCCAUCAAGUCCCGCAAAGGAGACGUGCUGAACAUGCACUACACGGGCAAACUGGAGGAUGGCACUGAGUUUGACAGCAGCAUCCCCCGCGACAGGCCUUUCACAUUCACCCUGGGCACCGGACAGGUGAUCAAAGGCUGGGACCAAGGCCUGCUGGGCAUGUGCGAGGGCGAGAAGAGGAAGCUGGUCAUCCCCUCAGAGCUGGGCUACGGAGACAGGGGAGCUCCCCCAAAGAUCCCCGGAGGAGCGACGCUUAUCUUCGAGGUGGAGCUGCUCAGCAUCGAGAGGAGAUCGGAGCUUUGAUGAACAGGAGACGGAACAUGAGGGACCUUUCGAAACGUUCCAGAAACUGCUGCAGCAUCACAUGGAGAUUAUCUGACCUCUGAUGAAGAAUUUAAUGGAAAAUCUGGGAGUAGAGUUAGCAACCCCUGUCAGAGCCACUGUCCUUGUUUCACUGGCUUUGCCCAUUGUUCUCUGAUUUAUUGGUCUGAAGUUAUUACAAGACGUGAUGUAUGUCCUUCCUAAACAACGAUGAGCAGUGAGCAGCUAAACACAGUAUUUAGCUGCAGGUUGGAAAUAAAGACAUGCCCUGCACUUUCAGCUCAUCUGUGUUUUUAAUUGUCUCUGAUUUUAUAAGUGUGAUCAUAAAUAUUUGUACAUUCUUUUCAUAAAACAAUGUUGGUUUUUGUUGAAUAAGUCAGGAAAGGAUGGUUUAGUGUACAUGUUUUUUUUCUACUUUUAAGUAUUUGAUAAAUGACAAUAAAAUGUUCAACUUAAGGGGAA